UGUGUCUCCGGCCUCCCUCCCCACCAGGUGUUCUCUAUCGUGGUGUUCGGCUCCAUUGUCAAUGAAGGGUACGUGAACCGCAUGGAUGAGUUAGAAGAGCACUGCAUUUUCAACCGCAAUCACAAUGCCUGCAACUAUGGCAUUACCGUGGGUGUCCUCGCCUUCCUCAGCUGCCUUCUUUACCUGGCUCUGGAUGCCUACUUCCCGCAGAUCAGCAGCGUCAAGGACCGCAAGAAGGCAGUGCUCUCGGACAUCGGAGUCUCGGCCUUUUGGGCAUUCCUCUGGUUCGUUGGCUUCUGCUUUCUAACCAACCAGUGGCAAGCUUCAAAACCAGAGGACAACCCACUGAAUGAGGGAGGAGAUGCAGCCCGAGCAGCCAUCACAUUCUCAUUCUUCUCCAUCUUUACCUGGGUGGGCCAGGCAUUCCUGGCGUAUCAGCGUUUCCAGCUGGGUGCCGAUUCGGCCCUCUUCUCCCAGGACUACAUGGACCCAAGCCAGGACUCCGGCAUGCCUUAUGCUCCCUACACGAACGAGGAGGAUGCUACAGAUGCGGUGGGGACAUACCAGCAGCCCCCUCCAGCAGAUGCUUUCGACACCGAGACACAGGGGUACCAAACGCAGAACUACUGAGCCACCGAUGCCCCUUUCCCUUCUCCUUUCCCUUCUGCCCCUGCUCCCACUGCCGGCAGAAAGCCGAGGCACAAACAAGACACGUGCAUAGUGGUACAAGAGGUGGCUCUCAGCUAUGCUCCAGCCUUCUGGGUCAUCUGUUUUUAUUUAUUGUUUUUAAAAAAGGCAAAAAAAAAAAAAGGAAAAAAGGUUUCCCCAUCACCUAUUCCUUCUCUCCCACCAAGCUACCUGCCAGAAUCAAUUUUUUCCAAAAUCUGCAUUUUGAUAGGAAGGUCCCUCCUUUCCUCCUCUCCCUCCUGUCUUGUUACAGAGGGCAGAGUCUGUCUUGUGGACAGGAGAGGAGCUAUGGCACCGGCAGGGCAGGGGAAAGGGUGUUGGAGGCAGAACAGAAGAAAUGAGAGGGACUGGGGACCUUCCUAGAAGAGGUGGUACUGAUAAAGGUUGGUGUAGAUGUGGGAGCAUCCAAACUGGUCUGGAGCACCUGGUGGCUCAGGGAGGAGAAUGGUUUUUGAGUCAGCAUAGAAGAGUGUGAGGAGGGGCCUGGAUCAAUGUCCUCCAUGUAAAGACAGGGGGGCUUAUCCCUGCCACAUGCUAGUGAGAGAGGGGUGCUUUAUUUUUAGAGGGUUUGGGAGAAAUGGUAUUGGGGAGGGGGAGGAGCACAAGGAGAGAAAAUGGGAAGGGAAAAAAGAAGAUUUGCAGGUACAAUCAGAAAUCACAGGCCCGUCUGUAGGACCUGUGAGACGCAAGAGACUUAGCGGAGUGGAGGGGUAGUGCUCUGAGAUUCACUCCUUCCUCAGCCCCCGUGGAUUGUGGAUAGUGGGUAGUGGAGGUGAUUCCCCUCACCUGUACAUCCUGCUAGUCACUGCUUUUCCCAAACCAGUGUUUGAUGAGGCAGGAGGGGAGCCAUACACAGUCUCUGGGCCCAGAUACAGUGCCUGUGUGAGGCAGGAUGGAGGAGGUGGGCUUCUAGAGGGCCCUGAGAGCCUUCAACCCCAGCUGGGCUGGUUCAAGGGGGAGGGGGCAGCUUUGUCAUUUCACCCAGGGCAGGAGGAGGAGAAAGAUAGUUUUGCUCCUCAGGUCCUGCUGAACCUUCCUCUAUUCCUCUGUUCCUUAACAAUAGUACAAAGCCUCUUGCUGACACCAUCUUUGUAGCACACAGGAAUGGAGCAGGACCCCACUUAGAAAGAAGUACUGCUGCUGGGAUGGCCAGCAGGUGUCUGGCUCUUGCAGAGGGGUGCAGGGAAGGGUGCAAGCUGGGAAGGGUCCUACCCUGUAUGGCUGCGCUUUGCCUCCCACUCAGAUAGGGAGGAGGUCUUGGUGUGCAGAGAAUUGAUUUGGGCCAGACUGAAUUGUCUGAAAACUGGACUUUCUGUACUUGCCAUAGACCCUAGUCUAUGAUCUUAGUGCUCUUCUGCAACAUCUCAGAUCCUGGCUGACUUAAAAGCCUCGACUAGGUGGCAGCAGUGACUCUUAGAUAGAGCUUCUAUGCUCUACAUUCCACACUCCUCAUGAUUUUGCUCCAAGUAAAGACACAACUGUGGAAGCCCACUGUCUGUUUCAAGUUCGAAGUUAGGUCUGUGUGUGAAGACAGAUUCCCAGAUUUCCCCUAAAUGGAAAUAAAUCAGCAAUAGCUACCUAGACAAUUCUCCCAGGCACAGACAUAUCUCAGAGCACAAGAAGCAGGCUUUACCUUGAAGCAGUGAGGAGGUCCAUCCCCCAGGCAGUCACCCUGCUUGAUACAACAAUAGUCUCAGUGGCAGAGAUCAGGAACAGAUCCAAAAUCUGUUGGUGCCCACAAUGCACAUUCAGCCUAUUCCUCAUAUUCCCCCUAGGAGUGGGGAGAAUGGGACAUAGGUCUGGCUUGUGGCUGUGAACAUCUCAUUUGGAGGACACCAAGGUUACCAGUUCUUCCCUUCUCCCAGCGCCCCACAAAGAUAGGGAAGGAGUAGAAACUGUAGAGCAGCAGGCCCCCAGAGGGAAGUGGAACAGUGUUCUCCUCUCUACACAGGCACUGUUUCUCCCUGCUCCUACCAGCACACGUGUGCUGCCAGUGUCUGUCCCCAUGGCUUGUCCUCCACAGGCUUGCCCUGCCUUGGUGGUGGUUACCCACUGGUGAGGACAGGAGCAGGGGAUCAGGUAGCCCUAGGGACACAGCAGGAAUGACUGGGCACAGGCACACAUCCCUUGCUCUGUGGCCAUAAGUGAAUGCAAUACUGUAAAUAGGAGAGGUGCUUUUUUGGAAGGAAGCCCCUCGAGCUUCAGUUUCUGUGGGUUCAGCCUAAUAUUUAGGCUUGGGACGGGUUUACUUUAUUGAGAGAGGUUUGUUGUGACUGGAUGUGGGGGGACAUCCUCCUGUCUGUCUCCCACCAGGGGAGAAGAAUGAUUGAAUGACAAGGUGGAGGAGGAGAGAAAUUAGUUGUACUCACCCAGACUCAUCUGCAUCAUGCUUUCCUUUGGGGUGUGGGGAGGGAACCAAGAGGAGGUGGAGGCUGUGAGUAGCCAUCCCUCGGCACAAAAAUGUGUUGUAUCUUCUGGGAGAUCCCUCUCUGUGAGUGACUAGGCACAUAAGGAGAGGUAUGGGCAGUAUGUGGGGGAUCUGUUUUGGGGUGUGGUGCAGGAGCAGCUUGCAUGCCCCUCCUCCCAUCAGAGUUACGUAGGUGUCUAAACACCAUUUGGGGCUGACUAAUGAGCAAGCUUUUCUUUAUCCUCUUGGGCUUGCUUCCCUCAUGUAACCAGCUGAUGGGCUCAGGUGGGCUUGAGGCAGGAAUGAGCCUCCCCCUCAGAGCACCACUUCAGUGAGACAUGAGCCAGGUGACUUCAUCUUGGGUUAUCUCCCAUCUCGCUCUUCUCCUUGCUUUGUGUCAUAAGAAGAGCAUUAAUGUGACAGGGCACUCUGCAACAUUAGAUACUUGGACAACUUGUUUUGCUCGUGGGAGAAGACAUACUCUGCUUGGGUUCAUGUGCUUUCAGCCUUUGCAGUGGAGGGUUGGUGGUGACUGACCUGGGAGUGGGAUUCUGCUUGUUUGCAUGUAGCCCUUUAAAAUGCAGAAUGCAAUUUCCAUUGGCAUUUGGCUGGUUCUGUAGCUGAUGAGACAUACAGACCUACCUAAAGGGCUGGUUAUCUUAUCUUAGGUGCUUCUGAUAAGGUGCUGCCUAUUUCUGGUGAUCAUAGGCAAGACCUGAGCAGCUGACUGUAACAUGUCCUUUUUACAUUCUAAGUGUGGGUGAGAUCAGCCCUACUCUAGAGAUUAGGAGAUCAGAGGGGAGGCUGUAUAAGCAAAAUGAUAAGGUGGCUUUCUUCCCCCUCUGCCAUUUGUUCCAAUUAGAGAUCCACAUUAUAGGAUUACACAUCCCUUAUUGGGAGCAAUGGCCCCUUGAUGUCUUCUUAUCUUACGAAGCCCACAAGUAAGGGACUGUUUCGUGGAAGCAGAGGCUGUGAAGGGCAAAGAGAUGAUGAAACCUUGCCCCAGUUCUGUCUGGAUUCAGCCUCCUGAUGUGUCCCCAUCCCUGGAUCACCCGUAUCCCCAUCACCCUGUUCAUCACCUCAUUACAUGCCCUUCCUCUCUGCGUUAUUCCUGGCAGUUCCCACAGGGGAGGAGGUGUCUUUGUCCCUGUACCCUUGCAAGCACUUGGGAGGACCCAGGAAGGCAGCAUUGCAGGGUGGUUCCCACAGGAGUCUCAGCUCCCAUCCCCAGAGCAGGUGCAAGGUAAGGAACCCAGUGAGGCCACCUCAUGCAGCAAGUUAAACCAUCCAUCCAGACAACUCCCUGCUGCCUGUGUGGCAUUUGUAACACCACCUGGGCUGCCCUGCCCCUUCCCCUGCCACAUUACUGCCUGUGUAUAGUAUAUAUAUUAUAUAUAUAUAUUUAAAAAGAUGUAUAAUAUAAAGCUAUACAUAUAUGCGUAUAUAUGAUGACUCAUGGAUGGCCUGCCGCAUACAGGAUCCUCUGAGUGGUCUUGUCUAAGCCCGAGUGUCCCUUCACCCCUCCUCCCCCUCCCCCUGCCCCUCUCCGUUCCAAAAUUCAACUACAGCAAACCCCGCCACCUCGGCACCUGUGUUUACAAUGUCCUAUAUAUUUGUGGUUAACAAAGUGAAGGUGGUAACUACUGGUGUCUCAAUAAAGUUAUGACGUUCAAAAUAACCAUA